AAUAUUCAUGCGCCAGCCGAGUGAAACGGCGCAUAAAUUAUCGUUAGUCACGUGACAUGCCAUCGCUAUGAAUAGAUGUGUAUUGGGUUUUAAUACCGUACGGAAAAUCACAUAAUUGGACAACUUAAUCGCACUGACCAACGUAAAUAAAGUAACCAAGAUGACGGAGUCGUGUCCCAAGAAAACAAAUAUCGCGGAGAUUUCUCCACAUUUAAUUUGUGCAUUAUGUGGGGGUUACCUGAUAGAUGCCACGACGAUUGUUGAAUGUCUACAUUCAUUUUGUAAGACGUGCAUAGUUCGCUAUCUUGAAUCCAGUAAAUAUUGCCCCAUAUGUGAAGUUCUCGUGCAUAAAACAAGACCCCUACAGAAUAUAAGGUUAGACCACACCCUUCAAGAUAUUGUUUACAAGUUGGUGCCGGGGCUCUUUAAAAGCGAGAUGAAGCGUCGGAGGGAAUUUUACAAGGAUCACCCUACAGUCAGAAGUGCAAAAGUUCGCCAAGAGCAGCAGCGUCACAGAAUCAUAUACUCGGCAGACGAACAAUUCAGUAUUGCUUUAGAAUUUUGUCCAGACGGAAGAAUACGGCGGCCGUCGGGGAGAAGAUCACGACGAGCAAGUAAACCAGAGGCUCCCGAGAGACGAUAUUUGCUGUGCCCGGCAGGAACGACGGUAGCUCUUCUGAAGAAAUUCAUGAAACUGAAAUUUGCUCUUCCCCCGAAAUUCAAGGUUGACAUCUUUCAUGAAAAGGGGCCAUUACGGGACCAUUUUUCUAUGAUGGACGUGGCGUACAUUUACUCGUGGAAACGGGAAGGGGUUUUACAACUUUAUUAUACCGUGUACAAAGCUCCGGAUCCUGUCCCUGAGAUAAAAAUCACAGAGGUGAAGGACGAAAAGUGUUUUGACAUAGCAGACGACACUGGCCAAAAAGCAGACGAUACGCGCCCAUCUACUUUAUUCAAUAAAGCGACAUUGUUAGGAAACCAUAGUGUAGAUAGAAACAUACCCCAUGAUCUUUCACCUUUAGAACUGAUAGCAACGGUUGCAAAUGAUAUUUGUAUCCAAGAGGGGCGUGGUCUUAAACGUAAACCGGAAGAUGCGCAGCUGUACGAAAAUGAUGAUGAUAAUUGUUCCACGGAAACGCGACAACUUCAGAAAUCCAUAGAGCACGCGAUUGAUAUAUGUUCAAAUAGUAACCAAGGGAGUCCGGCGUGUGCGUCUGCAAUAAACACCAGUUCUACAACAACAAGCAUCCAAGAUACUCGAACUGGUAACCUAGUUACGGUGUCUGAGUACGUGCCAGUUACAGCAAACAAUUAUGUUAAGGUUGCUAAUGGAACUUCUACUGCUAUAUCUAAUAAUGGAAGUGAAACCUUUAUUAAACCUAGUGUGACUCAAAAAAGUAUUGACAAAAAUCUUUUAACCAAAGACAAACCGAAGAAAACGGACACGGCAUCUCAGUGUGACCCUCGACCUAAAAAGCAUAAAGGUGAAGGCUAUACGCAUAAUAAAUCUAAAAAUAGUAGCAAAAACCCAUCAACCAAUAAAGACGGAAUCAUAAAUAGCAGUAUUAGUAGUUCAGAUAAGAAAGUAAAUGUUAACAAUGAGGCAAAUAAUAGUGAUAAAGUAAUCCCGCUUAAAACAAAUGGCGUAAAUGUGUCAGAACAAAACAGUGCGUCCGCUAAAUGCAACGUGUCUCACCCUAGUGCUAAAAGUGGGGAAACUGUUAAAAGUAUAGACACUAACACAGAUACUGUCAAAGACCAAACGCCUGGACCAAAAUUAGACAAUAAUAAUACUAGCACAACCAAAGACACUAACGUACAAGCAAAAACUCGAAAUGAAAUUCCUAAAACUUCAGCAUCAAAUGUUUAUGCGGCUCCUGGUGGUAGUGCAAUUACUACAUGCUCCCCUCUUAGAACUAUGAGCACAGUAACCAAACCGUCGAACACGUCUACAAAUGUUAAACCGUCUUAUACCCUUUAUAAGCCACCUAAUGUUCCAACUCAAAACAAAAUUUCAAAUUCACAAAAUAAGUUACCAGUUUCUUCAACGGCAACUAAAAUUCCUUCUAAAGCGAUAACUGCUCAAAUUUCUAGCAAGAUAGUCCCUCCUGUGCUCAAAUCCGUUUCAACGCCAACUAAAGUAACAGAAACAGUGAAGCAGACGGCACAAAUAAAGCAGACGACACAGAUAAAUGGUCAUUCCAGUCUCGCCGAGGUUGCUAAGCAACAGACCAAACUUUCAAUUACGACAAAGGUUACCCAGAACGAAAAUAAGGAUUAAACUUGAGACAAAUUUCAUGAAAGAGUCAAGUGUGACGCAUUUACUAAGUCAUCCGCAUCGUUGACUAUAAAGAAAAAAACAACUUACUUUUUAUAUUUUUACUUCAGUGCGACAUACUUUCAAUUAGAAACUGAAUUCACUUGUGCAGUUGAGUAUUUCAGGAUAAAUCGAACUUAGAAAAGUUCAGUUUGUAUUGUGGUAACUUUCUGAAAAUGUGUUUUCAAUUUAAAAGUUAAAAAUCUAGCUUUAUUUGAUAUGAACUUUAUAGCUUGUAACCUACUUCAUUCAUAAACAGUGGGGACAAUAUUGACAAUUUUAACUUUAAUAUUUUUGGAUAUUUUACUCUCACCUUUUAACUUAUUUCAAGCAAAUAAAUUGUUUUUAGAUUUACCACAUGGUGAAACAACCAACGGUAAACUUCGCCACUUUCCGUAUUUGAUUUUUAUCUUGUAAGAGUUUAUUUAACAAGAUUUUUUUGCAGUCAUGAUAAAUUAGACGCUUAUUUGACUAUUGACGGAGCAAAGGUGAAUAAUUAUUAGUUAAACUUUGUUGAAGAUUACUUGACUACGUGUAUGGAAUUGGAAAUAUUUGGACGUUUACGUUAUUUACUAAAUAAGAGAACGUAAAUCGCCGGAUGUGAUCUAUGGAUGCAUGUCUUUCUCUAUAUUAUAAAUUCUUGUUAAAA